AUGUCUAGCAUGUCAGAUAGAAAGGCAGAGCUGGAGCGCAAAAAAGCUAAGCUCCAGGCACUGAGGGAAGAGAAAGAUAGACGUCGGAGAGAGAAAGAGCAAAAAGAUGCAGAGGAGGCAUUGCAAAGAGCAAGCACAGCAUCAAGUCUUGACAGCCGCAGGGAUUUGGAUGAGAUGCUGUCAUCUUUAGGAGUGGCUCCAGUUAAAGAUGUUCUUUCAUCAUUGUCAUCAAUGACAUCACUAACACCACCACAGACCGCGUCACCAGAUGCCAGUCUGCCACACACAGACAAAUCCAGCCUACCUUCUCAUGGAGGUACUAAGAAGCCUCCACAGUUGCAAGUGGUAUCAGUUCAAUCUACAGACAUUCCACCAAAGGAAAACGUCACAUAUGCCAAACAAACACAAACCACAGCGUCUGGAGUGACAGAGCUGCGUGAUGGAUACAUGGAGGACUGGUGGCGGCCGCGAAAAGCGCACGCAACUGACUACUACGACGAGUACAAUCUAAACCCGGGUUUAGAGUGGGAGGACGAGUUCACAGGCGAUGACGAGGAGGCCGCCUUCCAUGGAAAGCUCCCGCCGGGCAUCCUGCCGCACGGCCUGCCCACCGUCAAGGAGGUGCAGCCGGCCGUCACGGAGGCGCCUGUGGAGAAGAAGGAGGAGGAGAAGGAGAAGAAAGUUCGGGAGCUGAGCAACGACGAGAAGCAGACCAUCCUGCUGUCGUCGGAGUUCCAGAAGUUCAUCAGCCGCGCCGGCCGCGUCAUCGAGCGCGCGCUCGCCGAGUCCGUCGACAUCUACACGGACUACACCGGCGGGGGCGACAACGAGAACGCACAGGACGACAAGUCGGACGCGCGGCUGUCGCUGGUGCGCACGUUCAGCGACGAGCGGUGGUCGCGCGGGCGCUGCGUGACGUGCCUGGACUGGUCGGCGGCGCACCCCGAGCUGCUGCUGGCGGCCUACCACAACAGCGACGACGCGCCGCACGACCCCGACGGCGUCUGCCUCGUCUGGAACACCAAGUUCAAGAAGACCACGCCCGAGGACAUCUUCCACUGCCAGUCGCCCGUCAUGAGCGCCACCUUCGCCAGAUUCCACCCGAACUUAAUCUUAGGCGGCACGUACUCCGGCCAGAUCGUGCUGUGGGACAACCGCGUGCAGAAGCGCACGCCCGUGCAGCGCACGCCGCUGUCCUCCCUCGCGCACACGCACCCCGUGUACUGCCUGGCCGUGGUGGGCAGCCAGAACGCGCACAACCUCAUCUCCGUGUCCACCGACGGCCGCAUGUGCUCCUGGUCGCUGGACAUGCUCUCGCAGCCGCAGGAGACCCUCGAGCUGCAGCACCGGCAGAGCAAGGCCGUCGCCGUCACCUCCAUGGACUUCCCGUACGGGGACGUCAACAACUUCGUGCUGGGCGGCGAGGACGGGCACGUGUACCUCGGCUGCCGGCACGGCCAGCGCGCCGGCGUGGCGGACAGCGUGGAGGCGCACGCGGGCCCGGUGACCGCCGUGGCGUGCCACCAGGCGCCCGCCGCCUUGGACCUGUCACACCUCUAUUUGACGGCCUCGGUGGACUGGAGUGUCAAGCUGUGGAGUACUAAGGAGAGCAAGGCGCUGUACUCGUUCGAGGACAGCGGCGACUACGUGGCAGACGUGCGCUGGUCGCCCGCGCACCCCGCGCUCUUCGCCGCCGCCGACGCCGCCGGCCGCCUCGACCUGUGGAACCUCAACCGCGACACAGAGGUGCCGAUCGCGUCGGUGAUGUCGGAGGGCGGCGUGGCCUUCAACCGCGUGUCGUGGAGCCCGAGCGGCGCGCACCUCACCGCCGGCGACGACAACGGCAAGAUAUGGGUCUACGAGCUCGCUGAGAACGUAGCGCAGCCGCGUCACGACGAGUGGACGAAGUUCGUGUACACGCUGCAGGAGCUGCGCAACAACCAGGCCGACGACGAGACCGACCGCCUCAGCCUGGCCAGCGGCCCGCCCAGCCUCACCAGCCUCACCUCGCUCGCCUCCAACCCGCUCAGA